AUGAAAGAAGCCGAGGCUGUCUGUUUCGAUAACACGAAGAAUAUGGUAGUGAAUGAUGAGGCGUUCAGUUUUACGGCUGAGAUGCGAGACCUCAAAAAGCGAACUGAAGCUCUUGAAGAGGAUCACGCGAUACGUCAGCAAAUAUCGAUGAAUGUUCGCCAACGUGCAUUGAGUUCAUGGGUUCGUGAUCAUUUAGGAAAAGAUACGCAGAAGUAUGAUGAGGCAGAAAACUUGGGCAACGCUAUUCCUCCGGAUGACGAAGUGAGAUUGGGUUGUGGUGAUUCCAGCGCAGUAGAAGCCGGAGCAGUUGCUAGUCACAGAAUAUGA